AUUUCAAGAAAAAAAUGUUAGAUAUGGAUGAGUUUUGGCAAUUCCCUUGCUGUCGGGCAGCAAUAGACGGCUGUCAUAUUCCCAUUAAGUGCCCUCCUGGUGGACUAGAAGCCUGCAAGGAGUAUCAUAACUUUAAAAACUUGUAUUCCAUAGUACUAAUGGGGCUGGUAGAUUCCCAUUGCAGGUAUAUAUUACAUGCUGUAAUUUUUCGUUUAGCGGACCUCUGGAACUCGAUCAAAGAAGGUUUUAUUCCAAUGAUUGGCAAAACUGUGAGGGAUGUUACUGUCCCGCCUCUCAUUGUUGGAGACUCCGCAUUUCCCCUUUGUUCUUGGCUACUGAAACCAUAUACCAAUGCUGUAUUGACACCUCAGCAGCAUUACUUCAACUAUCGCUUGUCUAGAGCGUGCAUGGUCACAGAAGCUGCAUAUGGUCAACUUAAGGGGAGGUGGAGGGUCCUAUUCAGGAAAAAUGAAAGCAGCCGAGAUCAAGCCCGCAUAACCACUUUACCAUGCAUGGUGCUUCACAAUACUUGUAUUAUGCAGGGAAAUGCCAUCUCGAGGAAGCUUGAUUUGUCUCUUGAUGAAAGUGGUGGAAAGAGGAACAGGGACGAAUUGAGAAAGUUGCUGCAGAUGAGAGACUGUCUAAGCAUAAGGGAUGCUUCUUGGGAGGCAGCCAGAAUCAGAGAUGCACUCUGUGAGAAAUUAUGGCUAGAGAAGCAAACGGGGAAAGUUUCAUAAACCCUAAAAAACUCAUUAUUGCUAUUAUUACUAUUCAUGCAUGUAGUAUCCACUUUGCACAAACUUACAGCAAAAUUGCUACCAAUCUGCUAGUUUGGCUGAAAUAGCAGAGCAGUUGCAAAACAUUCAGUCAGUUUUACGUGUAUUUGAUAAUGGGGAACUUGUGAGUAUCCCUGAUACCAUGGAAGUGGUGGUAUGGCUUUUGUUUGAUCUGAUGUAGUAUGCUAGAAUAUUUUAAAAAGAUGCAACAAACCUGUCUAUUAAGGUUAUUUUUAAAUCACAGACUUUUUAACCAGAUUGUACAAGACAGGAUAAAGUGAUUUCCUUUGGGCCAUGAAACAGAAACCAUGAGUUUGAUACUAUUUUGGACAACAACUACUGCA